AUUUGCUGAUAUUUUAUUACACAUCUCUCUUCCACUCUCCUUCACUUCUUUGUGUUCCUGUCUCCAUGCUUCCCGCGAUGUUCCAUCACGCGCCGUCUUUCAUUUCCCUCAUCGUCAUCUUCACCAUUCUAUCACCCGUCUCACCAAACCAAGACUCACUCACCGUCCAGCCAUUCCGGGUCAAAUCAUCCCCACCCGCCACCAUCCCCGCUUUCCCGGAGCAAUCCGAUUUCUCCGGCUGCCCACUCGAUCUACCGGAAGACCUCUUCCACGGAAUCAAGUCAUCCUGCACCGGCAAAAAGCUCCACCGAGGAAAAUGCUGCCCCGUGCUAGGCGCGUGGCUCUACUCCGCUUACUCAGCCACCGCUCUCAGCCGCUCCAUUCCCAACUCCGCCGUUAGAAACGCGACCACCACGGAAGAGGAUAUGCCUUUGCUUCCUGAUGACUCGGAGACUUGCGUUGACGGUUUGGAGAAGUCUCUGAGGAGGAGAGGGAUUGAGCUGGCGAGUCCUAACGAGACGUGCGGCGUUGUUGACUGUUACUGUGGGAUAAGGUUGCAUCAUUUGAGUUGUUCAGAUGCGUUUAGUGUGGAUGGAGAAGGGAGGCUUGUUGGAGAUGAGAGUGUUGAUCGGUUAGAGAGUGAUUGUUUGAGUGUAAGCCACGACAAUAACAAAAGAUUCUCUACUCUUGGUAGCUGUAACAAGUGCUUGAACAGCCUCUAUAAGCUUAACCCGAAGAAAACGUCAGGGACAAGAAACCCAUCAAAGGAAGACAGAAACAGAACAACAAAGAUGCACAACAAAGACUGUGUCUUGAUGGGUCUCACUUGGCUUCUCGCUAAGAACCGUACGGCUUACUUUCCAACUGUCACUUCCGUUCUCCGAGCCGUUAUGCUAAACCAAAACGGCGAGCCACGGUCAUGUGCUCUCGGCGGUGACGGCAUGCCUUUAGCUGUUGACUCUUCCGAAUUCUCUAACGGCUCGUCAACUUUAAUUCAGUACCCCCACCACCACUUGGUCCACUUCUUUCUUUACAGCGUCAUCACUUUGGUCUUGCUAGGGUCAUGGUGACUUACGCUGACGUGGGUUUGGAUAUGAUUAUGACGUGGCGAUAAGUGAUUGGCUGAGAAGUUAAGUGAACAUUCAGAUAGAGAGAACGAGAGAUAGGAGUGGAUUGUGUUUCUGUCUUUGUAAAUUAGUUUUGCUUUUUGUUGUCCUUGUCGUUGUUGUUGUAACCAUCGUUUUGUUAAAAAGUCGUAUUGUUAUCAUCGAUUUAUUUUCAAAAUUUUGAUUUUCGAUUUUUUUGAAACUGUAUUUUCGGUAUGAUCUAAUUAUAAGAGGACAAUGCAAU